ACAGACUGAAAGCUGCUUUUGGGGAGGAAGCACCACCCUGAACCAAUGUGGUUUGCAGAAUUACGGUGCAGGACGAGGUCCCUGGAAGAGGAGGAGCAAUGCGGCCGGCCUGUGUCCGCCAUCACCGAGGACAACGUUGCUGCUGUGCGGGCUACAGUUGAGGUGGACGCCAGGGUGACACGGCCCAGUUAGAGAAGGAGAUAGGCACCUCAUAAGGAUCUAUCCGCAUGGUACACCACAAAAAGCCUGGUUCUGCACGCUGGGCACCAUCAGCUGACUGGAGAGUAGGAGGCUCAGGCGGAGAGCGGGGCAGCCCCAUCAGGCACCAGCGAGGACACCCCUGCCCUCCCGGAGGACCCCGCGGUUGCUACGCCAGAGACGCCUGAGCCGUUGCCAGGGAGACGCGGCCUGCUGCUGUGCCGACUCCCGGCCUGUGCUGGUGCGGCGCUGCGGCGGGAUGGGGCUGGACAUGGAGCCUCUGCUCCAGGCGUGGAGCUACUUUCGCCGCAGGAAGUUCGAGCUGUGCUCACAGGCCUGUAGCCGCAUCCUGGAGAGGGAGCCCUGUGACCAGGCAGCAUGGAGCCUGAAGACCCGGGCCCUGACUGAGAUGGUGUACGUGGAUGAGAUUGAUGUGGACCAGGAGGGAAUCGCUGAGAUGACGUUAGAUGAUAGUUCUAUUGCACAGGUGGCACGGCCCGGGACUUCCCUCAAACAAACAGUGGGCAAGAAAUUGGAGGGUCCAAGUCCAGCAGUCAGACCUGUCACCCAAUCCGGGAGACCACUCACUGGCUUUGUGCGGCCCAGUACACAGUCUGGCCGGCCGGGUACCAUGGAACAGGCCAUCCGGACCCCCAGAACAGCACAUACCGCACGGCCUAUGACCAGCGCCUCUGGCCGAUACGUGCGCCUUGGAACGGCUUCAAUGCUGACGAGUCCGGAAGGACCUUUUAUUAAUUUGUCCAGGUUAAAUCUUUCUAAAUACGCACAAAGCCCCAACAUGGCAAAGACAUUGUUUGAAUAUAUCUUCCACCAUGAAAACGACGUGAAAAAUGCGCUGGAGAUGGCGGCACUGGCCACAGAAUAUGCGCAGUUCAAGGACUGGUGGUGGAAGGUGCAGCUGGGAAAGUGCUAUUACCGGCUGGGUCUGUUCCGUGAAGCAGAAAAUCAGUUUAAAUCGGCUCUGUCACAUCAGGACAUCGUGGAUAUAUUCCUGUACCUGGGGAAGGUGUACGCGCGGAUGGACCAGCCCCUGACUGCUUUAGCCCUCUACAAACAAGGUUUAGACCGCUUUCCGAAAGAAGUGACCCUCCUGUGCGCAGUGGCCCGGAUCCACGAGGAAAUGAAUAAUCUGACCUCUUCCUCGGAGUACUACAAGGAGGUUCUCAAGCAGGACAACACUCACGUGGAAGCCAUUGCGUGUAUCGGGAGUAACCACUUUUACACAGACCAGCCGGAGAUUGCGCUGCGGUUCUACAGGCGCCUCCUGCAGAUGGGUGUCUAUAACUGCCAACUCUAUAACAAUCUGGGGCUGUGCUGCUUCUACGCCCAGCAGUAUGACCUGAUCCUCACCUCCUUUGAGAGGGCUCUGUCGCUGGCGGAGAAUGAGGAGGAGGCUGCAGACGUCUGGUACAACUUGGGCCAUGUUGCUGUGGGGAUUGGAGACCUCGGUCUGGCCUAUCAGUGCUUCAAGCUGACGCUAGCCAGUAACAAUGAUCAUGCAGAAGCCUAUAAUAACCUGGCUGUCCUGGAGAUGCGGAAGAAUCGCGUAGAGCAGGCCCGGGCCCUGCUGCAGACCGCCGCCGCCCUGGCUCCUCACAUGUAUGAACCGCAUUUCAACUUUGCCUCUCUCUCCGACAAGAUCGGAGACCUCCAGAGCAGUUACGUAGCAGCUCAGAAGUCAGAGGCCGCCUUCCCUGACCACGUGGAGACUCAGCAGCUCAUUAAGAAGCUUAGGCAGCAUUUUGCAAUGAUCUGAAGCGGGAUGUCACGCAGAGCUUGGUUAUAGAGCUGACAGCAGCCGCUAUGUAGUACUAGCAGCAGUGUAGAGGGCUGGGUGUAACAUUACCAGGGAGCAGUGUGCUGGCAUGUGAUGCUGCAGUUAUCACUACAUAGAGAAGCAGGGUGUGACGCAGAGCUUGGUUAUAGAGAUGACAGCAGCCGCUAUGUAGUACUAGCAGCAGUGUAGAGGGCUCGGUGUAACAUUACCAGGGAGCAGUGUAUGGCAUGUGAUGCUGCAGUUAUCACUACAUAGAGAAGCAGGGUGUGACGCAGAGCUUGGUUAUAGAGAUGACAGCAGCCUCUAUGUAGUACUAGCAGCAGUGUAGAGGGCUGGGUGUAACAUUACCAGGGAGCAGAGUGCUGGCAUGUGAUGCUGCAGUUAUCACUACAUAGAGAAGCAGGGUGUGACGCAGAGCUUGGUUAUAGAGCUGACAGCAGCCGCUAUGUAGUACUAGAAAAGGAGAGAUGGCUGCGCUGGAUUUCAGAAAUA